AUGCAGCACGGGGAGGACGAACAACCGAACGAGGCUGUUCGUGGGCGUCACAAGCGUAUCCUCCCAUUUGUUAGGGAUACAUCACGUAUUCAAGGCCAGAGAAAGCAUCAGCUUCCCUCUGUCUUCCCUAUCUCCGGCGAAUCUUCUCGCGGACAUGGGCGCGGGCAUGGACGGGGUCGAGGCUUGGGUCGAGGCCAGGGUAAACGCAGGGGUAGGGGUGGAGGUCUUUCUCAUCCCCCUCCCGAGUUGUCUCGAUACAGCGAGGCUAACUCGCGCCCUGGUCCAGACGAAUUUCGGCAGCAUACUAAUGAGCCUAUUACUUCCGGGCUCUUCGCUCCAAGUGCAAGCUUCGGAGCACUGGCUAGCUCAAGCUCGGGUCACUCGCUCCUUGAUCGAUCUCUUUCCAAGGAGAUGCAGAGGCUUACUGGAGACCCAUCAUCUGACCCUCAUAUAACUGUUGCUCGAUCAUCAACUCGUACGUUCCAAACUUCGGCGCGACCUCGUAAACGAUUCCGUCCUAGAAAGAAUGAGGAGCACAAUAGGGCUGAGAUCAAUACUGGUCCUGCGGAGUUCUCUAUUGAGCAACAGCCCCCCCGGCAAACAAACAACUCUUCGUACGACAGUAUCGAUCACCCCACUGCAAAACGUCCCCGCGUCAAAGAAGAAGCAGUCUCCUCGGGCAGUUCUCAUGUUCCUCUGGUAAACCAACAAGUGAUAGUGAAGCAUGAAAUGGAAGAAGAAGCCGCUAUUGAACUCUUGCAAGGGCAACCCACUUCCGGCAGCAAGUUUAUUUCCUAUGAUAAGCAUUCAAUGUGCCGUUUUGACUGCGGCGAACCUCCCAGCCAAGUUCGGAAACACCGUAAGGCGCUCAAGCAGCAAGAAAUCCGAGCUCUACAAGACCAGGGUAUGAAUGUCCUUGCCAGUUUCAUCCGGGAUGAUGGGAUAGCGAUUGACUGGUGUAUUCCAAUGAAGAACAAACAUAGCACACUCGCUCCCAACCGCAUAUCUCCUAUUGUUAUUCUCAAUGACCCGAAGUUCGAGACCUCUCGGCUAUCAGGGAAGGCCAGUUCCCCAACCCCACCACCGCCUCAGAAUCAACCAUUACCGUCGCACCUCAACCCCAUUAUCGUAUCUACCGAUAGGCCUAGCAGCGAGCGCUCAUCUAGCCCGGUCACAAUAGAGAUCACAUGUAAGGAAGUACCAAUUCCUCAACGACACCUGCCCCGGAGUGGGAGUAUUCGCAACCUGGAGAUAUGGGCCCUCGAACAGAUGAGGCUUUUAGAAGCCGAGUUGGGGCCCGUUGUUCUCCCUCCGCCUGAGCUCGUUGGUAUCGGAGAGUAUUUAGCAGGUCAGGAGCCACGCGAAGGGGCUCGUCCUUACAUCAGGAUCAGGUAUAAACAGGUGGUGCGUGUUCAACCUCAAACUGGGUCGACUGCAAAUCUUGUUACGCGGGGCCUUCCAGUGAUACCACCCGAGUAUCCAUCACCCACUACUCUCUCCUCUAUCGAUUCAACCAGACCUGAGCUACCUUUCAUAACUUAUAUAGAAUCGUCCUACUCAUCUCCGUCUAGCAUGCGCCUUCACAAGGACGAGAUCGGUGAACUUGCGGAUAACCCGCCUUCUCCAAUUGCUCCACCUAGCCCUGGGCAGCCUAUCAUUAAGGAUACUUCCACAUCCAUGGCAAACUUUGGAACCCUGGACGCAAAUGCCUCACAUGAACCCCAAGCUGCGAUAAAUGGGAAAUCCUCGCAGACUACGCUUACCGGCCACGGCGAGGAGUUGGAUGAACUGCAGCGUCUACGAAGGGAUUUAGAAUUAUCUAAGCUCGAAGCGGAGCGAAAGCACAAAGAAUUGGAGGAGCGCAUACUCGAACUUUCGCGGAAGCGCCCAGAAACGCAUACACCCAGGCCGAGCGAACAGCCGCAGCCACCAACAAUCGUUCGGAUAGCUAACGAAGAGCAAUCAAGUAUACUCCCCUUGAGGCGAGGUAAGUAUGAUAAGACUCGUCGCCUUUUGGCAGUCUCCAGUUCUGCAAUUCUUCAUGUUUCUUGGUUGGGGGUGAUGCAACUUGUCAACAAGGGCUCAAGACAAAUUGCCGCAACUGGAUUUGGAUCAAACCCUCCCAGUAGCAUCUCAAUCGAAGACGCAUGCUCACUUUCUCCGUCUUCAACUGCUCUCGCUCUUUCGGGGCACGAGUCUCAGCUGGCUGUUGCAACACUGGGAGAAGGAAGUUUCGGCUUCCACCCAUUGCCGGGCAAACCCCACGACGCCAAGGGUGCAUGUUCGAUUGUCACAGUUGACCAGCAUUCAGUAAUCACACUUGGACACGACCGGCGUUAUAUUCACUGGAAAUUCCAAUCCGACGAGUGUUUGACCAACCCUCUGGUUCUACCGAAGCUCCAUUCUUGUACGGCGCUGGCAUUUAAUCCGCUGCACAAUACUGUUAUCGCGGCUGGGUCCGAGAGCAAUAAGCGUAGUAAGCUGACGCUGCACAACAUGGUCGAUCCAAAACAUUCACCGAAUACUGUUGAACUGAGCAAUCACCCCCAUCGUGUACAUGUUGAUUGCGACAAUCCUUUCCUCCUGGUACUUGAGCUUGCUCGACUCGACGAUCAAUUUCAGGUUCACGAUACACGGAUGCCUUUGUACCAAUGUGUGCAAAAGUUUGGAUAUCAAAGCGCUACGCAUGACAAAGGAGAAUUUCGCGUACGAGGAAGCACUAAAGGAGAUUACUUUGCACGGGGAGAUGCUAGUAUUGUGAGGCUAUGGGACCGGCGUUCAUCUCAGUCUUAUCAAACAUUACCUACAAUUCCACUGCAGCGCGUUGUGGAGGUUGUUCUCGACCAUACUUCAGUUUCGUGUGCCACCGAGGCCCACCACAUAGUAACUUAUCCUAUUUUUUGA